ACUGAGAUCAAUCCGAGUGAGAGAUUACCCGGCGCUGUACUAGAGGCACGAGCACGGCUUGUGGAGCGAUUAAGAAAUGUCUCCCUUUCUGAAACCAGAAUGGUGGUAUUAUUCAGAUUGUUUUCGUUGCUUAUCAGGCAAACCCCUGCAACUGGUGCCAUCUCCUGGGAUGAGUUUAUCAGCACCAGUGACUUCAAUCUCAUGGACUCUGUAAACUGGGAAGCUGAGAAUCUAACCAACUUCACUGUCCAAGCACGCGGGACAUCAUCAUUCGAUGAAUUGCAGAAAAAGAAAUCUCCUGGACUCAGCUGGGACACUCUGUGCAGCUCAUGUCAAGAAGUUUACACUGAUGCAGUAGCCGCUGAUGGGGUUACACAAACCUCCUUGGAGUGUGGUAUUUGUCUAGAGAAGUUCAUGCUGGGGGACGAACUGAUUAAACUGCAAUGCGGUCACAGGUUUCAUCUCACUUGUUUGGAGCCAUGGGUUCGGAGUUCCGGUGAUUGCCCGUACUGCCGGGCCAGCAUUAUAUAUCAAUAAAACAGAAUGCAUGUUUCUAUAUCUGUAUUUUCUCUUGCAGUCUCUGUACAUAGUUUUGAACCUUCGACAAUCAGUGUAUCGUCUUGUUUGGUAAACCAUCUUAUUUACUGAUAAUGGAUCAGAGUAACUUGUUCUAAAAAUAGGUAUCAAUUACUUGAUGGUUGGAAUG